AUGCAUACUCAUCACUCGCAUAGUGGCGAUUACAUUUCUCAUGCUCAUGAUAGCCUCAAUGAUAUGGUCAAUCGUUAUAUAGCCAUGGGUUUCCACACAGUGUGUUUGACUGAACAUAUGCCGAGGUUGGAUGACAAAUUUCUAUAUCCCGAAGAGUUGGAGAAACAAUACACUGAGAAUCACUUGCAAGAUGACUUCUCGAGGUAUUUGACACAUGCAAAAAAACUUCAACUACAACAUAAAGAUGUGUUGAACAUUAUUGUAGGACUUGAGAUUGAAGGUAUCAAUAAGGCACAUAUUGAAUAUGCUGCAAGUUUGAUGCAAGAUCCAAGCAUUGAAGUGACGGUUGGCUCUAUUCACCAUGUUCACGAAAUCCCAAUUGACUUUUCCACCGAUCUUUGGCUAAAAGCCAAACUGGUCAGUACAAAUGGCCUAACAAGAUCGUUAUACAAGUCCUAUUUUGAUUUACAGGGUCAAGUUUUGGAUUUAAAACCGACAAUAGUGGGCCAUUUUGAUCUUAUACGAUUAUGUCAGCCAGUAGAUGAUUUUGACGAGACUACCAAGCAACCAACACUGGAGGUAAACAUAGCCAAGGAUUGGCCCGAAGUAUGGGAAGUAGUGGAACAAAAUGUACAGAAAGUAGUACUGUAUGGGGGCCUUUUCGAAUUAAACUCAUCAGCGAUUCGUAAAGGCUGGGAUACGCCUUACCCAAAGCAAGAUAUCACACAGUUGAUAAUCAAAAAUGGUGGUAAGUUUUGCUUUUCUGAUGACGCACAUGCAUGUUCUCAAGUAGGCCUUAAUUACGAAAAAGUGCUUGCCUAUAUUGAAAAACUAAAUAUUAAAGAGAUUUAUUAUCUAGAGUCGAAUGAUGGAGUCGUUGCACCGGUUGCUGUUAAUGUAGAAGAGUUGAAAGCAUCUUCAUUUUGGAAUCAGUACGUAUAG